GCAAAGCCUCUCUUGGAGGAAUCAAUAAACUGCGCACGCUUUUUCAAAUUCAAACCCACAGCCCGAAUUCCACCACAGUUGUUGACUUUCACUCUCUCUCUUUCUCAAAAUUUAAUCUUGGAAUUUCCAAAGUCCAAGAAAUGAUCCAUAGAAAACAUGACACCAGACCUACUCAAUUUUGUUUUUCUUUCUUUUUUAGCCCAUCGCUCUUAUUUCCAUUGAAUUCGUCUCGUCUAGUCCCGCUUUUUUCAUCUACAAUCAUGCCCAGUUGGUUUGUUUAAUGCAUUUAUUUUGAUUGAGUAGGUGGUUUAAUGGUUGCCUAAUAUGUAUGGGAUUCGUUAGAUUUCCGCCGACCCCCAAUUCUACCGCUCUUCAAGAAAAAGAAACAAAGAAACUCAGCUUAAUUAGAUUGUUUCCUUUUCUUCUACUUUCUUCUUCUUCUUUUUGAGAGUUUCUCCUGCGAUUUCUUGGAAACCAGACAUGUCGAUCUUAAGCAAAAGCAGCAGCAGUGGGAACAUGGGCACUCCCUUUUUCCACGAAUUGAAAAAACAAGCUUCUUUCUUCCUCAAGGAGAAGAUCAAGACUGCUCGAUUAGCUCUCACCGAUGUCACCCCUGCAGAAUUAUUGACAGAAGAAGCCACCAAUGGAAAUCCGUGGUCACCGGACACCCGUACCAUGGGUUUGAUAUCGCGGGCGGCUUUUGAACUCGAUGAUUAUUGGAGAAUUGUCGAAAUUCUGCACAAAAAAUUGUUGAAAUUUGAUAGAAAGAACUGGAGGACCUCUCACAAGGCUCUGGUAGUGCUUGAACACUUGCUUACUCAUGGACCAGAAAGUGUUGCAGAGGAGUUUCAGAGUGAUGAGGAUGUUAUUAGGCAGAUGGGAAACUUUCAGCACAUCGACGAGAAAGGGUUCAACUGGGGCCUCACUGUAAGAAAGAAAUCAGAGAGGAUACUAAUGUUGCUUGAGCAGGGACCUCUCCUCAAAGAAGAGAGGGACAGAGCUCGAAAACUUACGAGAGGAAUUCAAGGCUUUGGCAGCUUCUCCCAUACGUCUUAUUCAGCACAAGCCGUUCUGCAGGAAGCAUCAGUUGGAGCAUAUGAAAGGAGUAAUUCUCACUUCAACAAUCAUGGAAACCAAGAAAACCAGUCCCCAUCCUUGACUGAUGGAGGAUCGAUCAAAACUAGCAUUGAAAGAUCAGAGAGUAGCCACGAGGAUGCUGUUUUGGUUUCUGGAAAGAUAAUGGGGAAUUCAAACUCUUCAAAUGGUUUCUACAAUGGUGAGCUUCUUGGGAAAUCUAAGACCCAGACAAGUUUCAAAGAGAACAUGGCUCCUAAAGAGGAACUUCUCAGGGAAGGAGAAUUGCAUCAAUGGGAUUGCUUGGGAGAGCCAAAACCGCUAUUGGGAGGUGAGAAAAAUGAGCCUGGUACUCCGAUUGCCUACGAAGAUCAUCAUCCCUUUAAAGACAAUGACAGUCUAACAACUGCAUCUCUGCUUUAUGUGGGAGAUGAAACCUCCAAGAGAUACUGAGGAUUAAAUUAUAGAAUUGAAAGAAGUUAGCUGUGGCAUGACUCAGAGUUGGGAUAAAGGCUGCUUUUGUAUAUGAUGUUUUUGGACGCUGUCUCGGCUGGAUUUUGUCUCUACAAAUAAUCCUGCCAAUUCUAAAGUUGUGUCCUACUUUCCUCCAUAUUCCAUUUGAACUUCACCUAUAUGGCUUGUCUCAGGAGUAAGGGAGACGUCUGAAAUAACGGGAUUCAUUAUUAGGUAUUUAUAUGUUCCACAAAAUAUAAAUGCAACUCGUGUUCAUAAUCCAUUUAAGAUAUAUGCAUUAUGCCCAGUCGGAGAGACAACAAAUAAAAAGUAUUUUCUAGUAAAAAUAAAUAAAAAGUAUUUUUCUAGUCUCC